GGGCGCACUCGCUGGCUGUGGGCGCGCCGGGCGGGUGGUUCUUACGAGUCUGCACCCGCGUCUCCUUCGCGCGCUUCGCUUGUUGGAUACCUUGCUGGUCGCCGACCGCACCAUGACUUUGGAAGAAAUCCGCGGCCAGGACACGGUUCCGGAAAGCAAGGCCAGGAUGCAGGGUGCCGGGAAAGCGCUGCACGAGCUGCUGCUCUCCGCGCAACGCCAGGGUUGCCUCACCGCCGGCGUCUACGAGUCAGCCAAAGUCAUGAAUGUGGACCCCGACAACGUCACUUUUUGUGUGCUGGCGGCCGACGAGGAGGACGAAGGCGACAUCGCGCUGCAGAUCCAUUUUACGCUGAUCCAGGCGUUCUGUUGCGAGAAUGACAUCGACAUCGUGCGUGUGGGCGACGUGCAGCGGCUGGCGGCGAUCGUGGGUGCUGGCGAGGAGGCAGGCGCGCAGGGCGACCUGCACUGCAUCCUCAUUUCGAACCCUAAUGAAGACGCGUGGAAGGACCCUGCCUUGGAGAAGCUCAGCCUGUUCUGCGAGGAGAGUCGCAGAGUCAACGACUGGGUGCCCAGUAUUACCCUCCCCGAGUGACCGCCCGGCGGGGGACCUUGGUCUGAUUGAUGCGUUGAUGCCCCGGGGCGCCCAGCGCGCGCCUGGCUCUGUGGAGGGGCCCUCGGAGGGCGCCUGAGUGCGGCGUGGAGACUGGCAGUCUGAGAGGCGGGGCGCCUGGAGAGCGAGGAGGCGGCCUCCGGAGGCGGCGGCGGCAGCAGGGCAGGCUGGCCUGAGCCGAGGAGGUCUCUGCCAGUGUUGGAGUCGGUGCAGGAAGGCCGGAGGCGGGACGUUGGCCGCGGGGCCAGGAAGGACAGACUGGCCCGGCAGGCGUGACUCAGCAGCCUGCACUCGGCAGGAAGGAGGGGAAUGGCCGCGGCCUGGACUUGGUACAGUUGCAGGAGCCGUGACUGACCAGCGGCCAGCAGGGCUUGCCAACCGGAUCUGAUCCGUCUGCAUUUUCUAAAGGAUGCUGCUGUCCAAGUUCUGAGUCUUACAAUAAACUUAUUGAAACACA